AUGAAGGCCGUGUUUGGUCGUACUCUGGUGGCGGAUAUCCUCCGUGAGGGUACCCAGCGGUGGGUAAUUUUAGAUCGGUGGAUAUACGUCCUUUGGAUACCCUUCCGGAUGUCACCUGGAGGCACAGAGGAUGGAACAUCUCAUAAAGCAUCAUCAAGCCAACAAGGGAACAACCACCAAUUAGUUCCAAGUCAUGAUGAUCUAGAAUCUCCAUCCAAAUCCAUUGAUGCCAAUUCCUUGAUCUCAGCUACAAAAUCACCCAUUGAUGCCAAUCCAGGAGAAGGUGCUAACACUGCUCAUCUUCAAAUGAUUGAAACCUCAACUAUGGAUAUGGAAAAAGAGGACACUCUAAUGAUUGUUGAGGCCACCCAAAACCACAAAGCCAUUUUUGUUCCCAACACAAAACUUCCUAAAACUUGGAAAAGGACAGGCAGCAAACUGGCCUUCAGAAGGUCUCCUUUCAGUCUCCACGCCGUGAUAACUCCCGCGCCGCGCCACUCUCUUUACCCACGCCGCGGCACAACUCGCGGCGAUCUUAACGGGUGGACAGAGAAGUUCAGCAGUCCCAGAUGUCACGCCGCGGCGAGCCCCGCGCCGCGGCACUUCAGUCCCUUCACGCCGCUGCCAUUCCCACGCAGCGCAACUCCCGGUCUCCACGCCGUGGCCACCAUUCCGCGAGGUCCUUCACGCCGCCACAUCAGCGCGUCGCGCCGCGGCAGGCGGCUUCGCGCCGCGCGCUUCAUCUUUUAA